AUGGCGCCCUCACGAGCAGCAGCGGCUAACUCAAGCAACGCCAACACCGCAUACCUCCUCUCGCUCCUCGCAGAGUAUACCCACACCCUCGAUUCCCUCCCUAUCGACCUCUCCCGUAACUUUGCAGACCUCCGCGAACUUGAUGCCGUCCUGUCCUCUUCCAUGGCCUCCAUCACUACCAAAAUUAACAGACUCACAGAGAUGAUUGAGCAGGGCGCCAUGUCCCAACAAGAACGCCUCAUCCUCCUCUCCGAGAUCGCGGAGGAGGCCUCCCGCCUCAAGCUCGGCAGCGAGGACAAGAUUCGCGUCGCCUGCCAGGCGGCCGACAACCUCAAAGGACACACGGGCCACAUGCGGAGCCUUGCAAGCCUUAUUCCUUCUUUCGACAUCACCACCCUCAACCGCAAGACGACCUACCCCCACGUUGCGACCCGCUCUUACGCACCACCACCGGAGCCAACUCGCCGGAGAAGAGGGAAUUACCUGCUCGCCAGCGCAGGUAACGACUACGCAAGCCCUGCGAAGAGAAAGCGGUCCAACAAAGACGAUGAGUACGACGGAGCCAAAUCACCGCGGAAGGAGAGGACGACUGAGACCAACUCCAGAGCGCGCAACAAUGCUCGUGCGAGACGGCAAGAUCGUGCUGCAUCACCAACGGAGUCCCUGCUCUCCGUCAUCGACCCACCACCUCAACCUGCAACCAGCUCAUCCCGCGCUGGUGGGCGAAGCGGAAAUUCGAAUCGGCGUGGCAAGAAUGCAGCCAACGGCAAUGUGAAUUUCGAAGAUUCAGCCGCUUCCCGUCGUGAGGCCUUCAAUGGGACGUCGGCUCACGGUUCGGGGGGUGCAGCGUACGGAAACGGGGGUAUACGCAAUUACGAUGCUCAAAACGAGUGGGGCAGCGUUCCUCAUGGUCAGCUGGAGGGCCCGGGGAUGCCCGUGGCCAGGAACGGCGCUCAUGCAGCAGAUGCUCAGAAUGCAGCGGUGGACACGGCGACAGAUGCUGGCGAAGGGGACGGCGAUGGCGACGACAAGACGUAUUGUUUCUGCGACGGUAUUAGCUUCGGCGAGAUGAUUGCAUGCGAUGAUGCAAACUGUGAACGGGAAUGGUUCCAUCUUGGGUGCAUUGGGCUCACGGUGCCGCCCGACGGUCUUUGGUUCUGUGAAGUCUGCAGUAUGAAGCAACGGAACGCCAAGCGCGGCUCCAGAGGCGGUAAAAAGCGAUCGGGCGGUGGGCGCUCUGGCAAGGCUGCCAACAACUCCUGAUCGGGGCAAGGAGGUUCUGUUUUUCUUAUUGGAUAUGUAUCUUUGUAUUCGUAACUUGAUAUCAUUCUUAAUGUUUUGCUAAU